AUGGCAGCAGACGAGACAUGGAAGUUCUCCCAGUGCUUUGGAGACAAGGGAGAUAUAGAUAAUAUUACUGAGGCGGAUAUCAUUUCGACUGUUGAGUUCGAUAGCACGGGAGAUUAUUUGGCCACUGGUGACAAAGGCGGGAGAGUUGUCUUGUUCGAGCGAAACCAGUCAAAGAAGAAACAAAGCUGCGAAUAUAAAUUCUUUACCGAGUUUCAAAGUCAUGAUGCCGAAUUUGACUAUUUGAAAUCUUUGGAGAUUGAAGAAACCAUCAAUAAAAUCAAAUGGUUGAAAAGUGGCACUAAUGCUCUUUAUCUAUUGUCGACAAACGACAAGACAAUAAAGCUCUGGAAAAUUCAAGAGAGACAAAUUAAGCUUGUUUCGGAAAAUAAUCUUAACGGUAUGAGCCAUUAUUCGAGUGCGGAAGGAAUAACUUCGUUGAAGUUGCCACAGUUGCAGGUGCAUGACAAGUUGAUCUCAGCGCAACCCAAGAAGAUCUACUCAAAUGCCCAUGCCUAUCACAUAAACUCGAUCUCAGUGAAUUCCGAUCAAGAGACUUACCUUAGUGCUGAUGAUUUGAGGAUCAAUUUGUGGAAUUUGGGCAUCUCCGAUCAGUCGUUCAAUAUUGUUGAUAUUAAACCUACCAACAUGGAGGAAUUGACCGAGGUUAUUACAAGUGCCAAAUUCCAUCCAUUGCAAUGUAAUUUAUUCAUGUACAGUUCGUCUAAGGGUACGAUCAAGCUUUCAGAUAUGAGGUCAAACUCUUUAUGUGAUACUCAUGCUAAGAUAUUUGAGGAGUACCUUGACCCUUCAUCGCACAAUUUUUUCACUGAGAUUACAAGUUCCAUAUCCGAUGUUGAAUUUAGCCAUGAUGGAAGAUACAUAGCCUCGAGAGAUUAUAUGACAGUCAAAAUUUGGGAUUUGGCAAUGGAAAAUAAACCAGUAAAGACAAUCAAUGUCCAGGAGCAUUUGAGGGAGAGAUUAUGUGAUACAUACGAGAAUGACGCGAUUUUCGACAAAUUCGAAGUACAGUUUAGUGGAGAUAAUAGAUCGGUAAUGACUGGUUCAUACAAUAACAAUUUCAUGAUAUAUCCUAAUGCUGUGCCCCAUGGUGGUGAAGCCAAACCUAUUCACAAAUUAGUUCAGAAAAAGAAGGGCGGAAAACGUAGUAGAGGAGGUCGCCGCAGAGGCGGUGACGAUGAUGAUGAUGAUGAUGACGACGAAGAAGAAGAAGAUGAUGAUGAUGAUGGAAGAGACCGAAAUGACAAUGACAAUGAUGGGGACGAUGAUAAUGAUUCUGAUGAAUUGGACAAUGAGAUUCCGCCUAAUAGCAAAAACUCGCCAAGUUCGCAAUUUGAAGAUGAGGAAGAUCAAGAGGAAAUUAUAUUGCAAGCUGACAAAUCGGCAUUCAAGUCCAAGAAGUCUGGUCAACAUCCUAUGAGAAGAAGGAUGAUGAGUGGAGUUGGCACUUCGAAUAAUGGACGAGACUUUGAUGAUGUUGAUUAUAAAAAGAAUAUUCUUCAUCUUUCAUGGCAUCCCAGGGAAAACUCUGUGGCAAUUGCUGCAACAAAUAACUUAUAUAUUUUCUCUACUUUGUAA